CCCGGCCCCGCCCCCAGGGAGGAGUUCAACAUCGGGGUCCUGCACGCCUUCGUGGAUCUGCACGAGUUCACCGACCUGAACCUGGUGCAGGCGCUCAGGCAGUUCCUGUGGAGUUUCCGGCUCCCCGGGGAGGCGCAGAAGAUCGAUCGGAUGAUGGAGGCGUUCGCUCAGCGCUACUGCCUGUGUAAUCCGGGAGUGUUCACCUGUACAGACACCUGUUACGUUCUCUCCUUUGCCGUGAUCAUGCUCAACACGAGUCUGCACAACCCCAACGUUCGCGACAAACCCUCGGCCGAGCGAUUCGUGGCCAUGAACCGCGGCAUCAACGACGGCGGGGACCUCCCUGAAGAGCUCCUCAGGGACGACGGCAACGACCUCACCCACACCUUCUUCAACCCCGACCGCGAGGGGUGGCUGCUCAAGCUGGGUAAGCCACGCCCACCUCACCUGGGCCACGCCCACCUCACCUGGGCACACCUGGGAGGGGCCACGCCCAAAAAAUCCCUGCGAAAAUCCACCAAAAUUCCCAUUUUGGGGCACUGUUUCGAGCUGUACAUCCCCAACAGCAAGGGGCAGCUGACCAAGGCGUGUAAGACGGAGGCCGACGGCCGCGUGGUGGAGGGGAACCCCCAAAAAUCCCCAAAAAUCCCCAAAAUUUCCAAAAUUUCCCCUCCCCAGGACCCCCAAAAUGGGCCAAACUGGUUCGUACUGCACUGUUUCGAGCUGUACAUCCCCAACAGCAAGGGGCAGCUGAUCAAGGCGUGUAAGACGGAGGCCGACGGCCGCGUGGUCGAGGGGAACCACGUCGUUUAUCGGAUCUCGGCGCCCACGCGGGAGCAGAAGGACGAGUGGAUCAAAUCCAUACAGGCGGCGGUGAGCGUGGAUCCCUUCUACGAAAUGUUGGCGGCGCGGAAAAAACGAAUUUCGGUGAAGAAAAAACCCGAAAAUCCCUAAAAAAUGGGAAAAAGGGGGCGGGACCCCCGGAAUUCCCACCUUGGAAAUCCCCAAAAAUGGG